AUGUUUGCGGCCGCCCGCACCAUGAGGUUGAGCUCCCAAGAUGGCGGGAGACGGGAGAGCCCAAAGAUCCCACACACACCCCCUAGCCCGGAGGACGCAGCGGCCCGUGCACCAUCGGAAGCUACUGCUGCUCAGAUCCUGGAGACGCUAGCGGAGGUGAGGACCUACCUUGCCACAGAAAUUGUUAGAAACACGAAUGAGGUUAAACUGGAGAUCCUGGUGGUGGGAGCAAGGACGGCGGCACUAGAACUGAGGCUGGAGUCUACGGCAGUGAGUCAUAACGCGGCUGUAGCCCAGAUUAACCGCUUAACUUCCAGGCUGGCGCUGAUGGAAUCCACCCUGGAUGAUUUAGGUAACAGAUCGCGCCGGAACAACGUCCGGCUGCGAGGCCUCCCGGAACAGGAAGGAGAAGGACCCCAGGCAGCGGUGGCCACCGCUAUAUUUAAGCCACUACUGCCUGAAGUGCCGGAGCAUCUGUGGCAUAUUGAGAGGGCUCAUAGAGCACUUCGGGCGAAAUGGGGAGACAACCAACACCCCAGAGAAGUAAUCGUCGAGUGGAGACAAGUUAGAGCGGAGCCGCUGCUGGCGAGGGAUCAACGGCGUGUGUUGGGAGGGUAUUUUUUACCGGGUAUGGCCCCUCGACGGGAGAUCCCUUGA